CGUCUUCUCUCCCCCCCCCCGCCUUUGGGCGCGUGCCGGCCUCCCUUCUUUUUUUGUCUCCCCCCUCCUCCCUUCUCCCGUUCCGAAGGUUCCACCGGCGCGCCGAUCCGGUUCCCACCUCCGUGUGGAGGCGCAGAGGCGGUGGGCGGCCGCCCGGAGAGGGGCGCCGGAUGAGGCGGGAGCCCUGAACGUGGGAGCCCUGGAAGGGCUGCGAGAGCACAAAUUACUGUAGCGACAAGAUUCUUCAAGCACUAGCUAGUGUAUUUGAAUUCUUGGAGUCUCAAAGUACUGGAAACGUUAUGCCUGCUCUGUCAGAACUGGAAUCACCAAGGGGGGAGAGAGAACAAAAAGAAUCCUAGAAGCAUCUGACACGUGUGCUUCCUCCUUCACUCACUUUGCCUAAUAGGCUGCUAAAGAAUUUCUGUCCACGGUCCUGUUUUGUUCUCCAGUCUCUCCAUGAUAUUGAAUAAUAACCUACAAGAGAAACAGAAGAUCAAGAGUGAAUAUAUGAAGGAAAACGUCAAGGAAUCUACUGAAGAUGAGGCGCCUGAAUCGGAAGAAGACCUUGAAUUUGAUGAAAGAGCUGGAUGCCUUCCCAAAAGUUCCUGAAAGCUACAUCGAGACGUCUGCAAGCGGAGGAACAGUUUCUAUAAUCGCGUUUACUACUAUGGCUUUGUUAACCAUCAUGGAGUUUAUGGUGUAUCAAGACACCUGGAUGAAAUAUGAAUAUGAAGUAGAUAAAGAUUUUACUAGUAAAUUAAGAAUCAAUAUAGAUAUUACCGUCGCAAUGAAGUGUCAAUACAUCGGGGCUGACGUGCUGGAUUUGGCAGAAACAAUGGUAGCCUCUGCGGAUGGAUUAGUUUACGAACCAGUAAUAUUUGAACUCAGCCCCUUGCAAAAAGAGUGGCAAAGGAUGCUGCAUAUAAUUCAAAGCAAACUACAGGAAGAACACUCGCUUCAAGAUGUAAUAUUCAAAAGCGCUUUCAAAAGCGCUUCCACAGCCUUACCACCCAGAGAAGACAACUCGUUGCAGCCGCCAGAUGCUUGCAGAAUUCACGGGCACCUGUAUGUUAAUAAAGUGGCAGGAAACUUUCACAUAACUGUGGGCAAAGCAAUUCCCCAUCCGAGAGGCCACGCACAUUUGGCAGCCCUUGUGAGCCAUGACUCAUACAACUUCUCCCAUAGGAUAGAUCAUUUGUCUUUUGGAGAGCUGAUCCCAGGCAUUAUUAAUCCUUUAGAUGGUACAGAAAAGAUUGCAUCAGAUUACAACCACAUGUUCCAGUACUUCAUCACAGUUGUGCCAACAAAACUUCAUACUUCUAAAAUUUCGUCAGAAACUCAUCAGUUCUCAGUGACAGAAAGGGAGAGGGUGAUCAACCAUGCAGCCGGCAGCCACGGAGUGUCAGGGAUUUUCAUGAAAUACGACAUCAGUUCACUGAUGGUGACCGUGACGGAAGAGCACAUGCCCUUCUGGCAGUUCUUGGUGAGACUUUGCGGUAUCAUCGGAGGAAUCUUCUCUACUACAGGAAUUUUACAUAGCAUUGGAAGAUUCAUUGUGGAAAUCGUCUGCUGUCGCUUCAAAUUAGGCUCAUCUAAAUCUACAUCUGUCACACAUCAAGACGGUCACUUAAACAACCAUGUACCUCUCAUGACAGACGACGCUCUGCAUUAGCACCUUCAGCACAAACUGAUUUGCUUUCUUUCUGCCUGAAGCAGAAGACAUUUUUAUAAAAAAAAAAAUGUGCAAUAUGUUGCAACAGUGCUUGAUGGGGGAACAGGAAAAAAAAUCAAGCCUUUUUAAAAAAAAUCCUAUUUGUGUGACAUGUCUCUCCUUUCUGAAUUCAGACAGAGCCCAAGAAAUCAAUCUCUUCUUGGAAAGAUCGUUGCCUGGAUGUGAUUAACUGUCAGAGUAGACAGUUGCACAGGAAAUGCUGUUGGCCGUUGAAAUAUCAACACAGGACUGUUUCCCAUUUCCUUGCCAUAUAGACUCCCAUGAAAAUUAAUGUAUACAGGAGAGAAGUUUGGAAGAGUGUGUGUUUCCAGCAUGCAGCCUGGCAAAGAAAAUUAGCAAGACUGGCUUAAAACUGGACGUUUUGUGGUUACGUUUUCAAAAGCAGGCCAUAAGAUGUAUGCUUGUUGCUGUUAGGCAUAUAGGCACGUAAGUGCUGUGACGGAAGUACGGAAAACCCAGAAAAUGGAAAAGGCAUGAAGAAGCAAGCCAACUGGAGUACGCUAUCGGGAAUAGAUUGUGUGGGUGAAGUUUGUACAUUUAAAAAAAAAUAGUUUUAGCAUAUUUCAAAACAAACCCAUUCAUAUCUAGGGGGAAAUAACAGGCUAGGGCAAGGAAUACCUUGGUUUGCCUAUUAAAUCCUCUUGUCGUAAA